AUGGCUUAUGCAGCUGUGGUUUCUCUCGUUCAAACUUUGAAGCAACUCAUGCAGCAAAAGCCACGUUGGGUAAUUGGUGAUACUAGAAAAAUGGUGGAAUCUCUCCUUGAUAGUAUUGGAUAUUUCAAAAACUUUCUUGAGAAGAUUUACAUGCGAAGGCAAGCAAGUGGAAAGUUCGAAGAGUCUGAGAGAGAGAUUAGAAUUGCAGUGAACGACGUAGAGAAUGUGAUUGAACUAAAGAUAUAUGAUUAUAAUCAACUGGAGCACUGUUCAAGAGUUGGAUUGCCAUGCCAGCCUUUAUGCGACGACUUGCCUCCCCUUGUAGAAAAGAUUGAUAUUGUGAAGAGGAAGAUGGUGAGAAAUAGCUUUGCAACAAAUGAGGAUCUGCAGCCCAGGGAUUCUUUGCUAGGUCAGUCAUCAUCUAGAGAUGUUGCAAAUCUGAAUCUUGAAAACGUUGUCGUGAGUCUUGAAGAUGACUUGAUGAAAAUCAUGCGAAGACUGAUAGGGCCACCUUCUGGUCAAGAAAGUAGAUUUGUGGCUCGAAAUUCUUUCCUGUAUUUCUCAACUGAAAAUGAGGUCGAAAAUGAGAGUUAUCGAUUGGCUGUGAGAGAUGAGAUUAAAGAAAGUAGUGAUGAUCAGCUGAUGGAUAUGAUAUACAAAAAGUUAAAGUGUCAGAGGUAUCUUCUGAUCAUGGAUGAUAUUUGGAGUAAAGACAUAUGGUAUCUUAUAACAAGAGUAUUUCCAGGUGAUAACAAUGGGAGUCGCAUUAUUUUGACUAGUAGACACAAAGAGGUUGCUGAGCACACAGAUCCUGAUAGCAAUCCUCAUGAGAUGAGCCUAGUAAAUUCAGAUAAUAGUUGGAAGUUACUUCAUGAUAAGGUGUUUAGUUCACAACAUGUUUGUCUCCCUGAAGUAGCGAAUAUUGGAAAGCAAGUAGCACAAAAGUGCCGAGGACUACCUUUAGCUCUUCUUGUGGUUGCAGGGCAUCUCUCCAAAAUUUCUAGAACAUAA